CUUUUCUUUGCCACUCCCACUCUCUCUCCCUCUUCUGUUCGACACCAAGACCUUCCUCAGCUGCGAAGUGUUUUGAGGUGAAACAGAAGAACCGAUGAGGAAGCUGAAGUUUCACGAGCAGAAGCUUUUGAAGAAGGUCAACUUCUUAGAAUGGAAGAGAGAAGGAGGUCAUAGAGAAACCCAAGUGAUGCAUCGCUAUCACAUCACCGGGCGGGAUGAUUACAAGAAGUAUUCGAGCAUAUGCCGGGGCGUCCAGAAGCUGGUUAGCAUGUUGAAGAAGAUGAACGAGAAAGACCCUUUCCGAUUGGAAUUAACCGAGAAGCUCCUCGAAAAGCUGUACAAUAUGGGCGUGAUACCAACCCGACAGAGCUUGAAUUUAUGCGAUCGACUUUCAGUGUCAUCCUUUUGCAGACGGAGGCUGUCGACAGUACUGGUACGUUUGAAAUUCGCUGAGCACUUGAGGGAAGCUGUUACAUACAUUGAGCAAGGGCAUAUUAGAGUUGGUCCAGAGACAGUUAAUGACCCAGCAUUUCUAGUUACAAGGAACAUGGAGGACUUCAUAACAUGGGUUGAUUCAUCGAAGAUAAAGAGAAAGGUUCUGCAAUACAACGAUAAGUUGGAUGAUUUCGAUGCAAUGAACUGUUGAGAGAUGAGUAGUUCUAUCCAAGUUUUGGUUCCUUUUUUUGAGCACCUCAUCUUGUAUGAAUCCUUUCUCUCCCACCCUUAUUGAAUUGGCUAAUUAAUAUAGCAUUGAGUGUUCUUCCA